UGAAUUGUAGUAUUCACGAAGCAAACAUGUCUUCAGGCAUCUGUAUUUUCAAACUACUUGUUACUGUAAAUUUACUUACAUUUUUAGAGUGUAAGCCAAUUGACCUUAGCUAUGUUUUUGAUAAUGAAACGAUGUAUUGGGGAAACAGCAAGCGAUUCAAUCAUCCAGUUGUAUUUGAUGGUCCUGUAAAAGAUGGCAACGAGACAAUCGUUCCCUAUUACUCUAGUUAUGAAUACGAAGCAGCUGAACACGGGGGAACCCAUAUGGAUGCGCCGAUUCAUUUUGCACACGGAAAAUGGACAUUGGAUGUCAUUCCGAUCGAAAAUUUUAUAGGUGAUGCUGUUGUAGUUAAUAUAUCAAUUAAAGCCUCCACAAAUCGCAGUGCUCAAUUAACUGUCCAAGACUUGAAGGAUUGGGAGAGUGUUUAUGGUGCCAUUCCUAAUGACUGUAUAAUGUUUGUGUUUACUGGAUAUGGAAAAUAUUGGUUGAACAACGAAAAGUAUUUUGGAACAAAUACAACCAACCCAUCAUUGUAUACUUUUCCAGGAAUUCACGAAGAUGCGGCAAGAUGGUUGGUGCAAAACCGUAAGAUUAAAGGCAUUGGCAUCGACACACCAUCAAUUGAUUAUGGAAAAUCUAGGAAUUUCCCAACUCAUCAAAUUUUGUUUGGAGAGAAUAUAUAUGCCCUUGAAAAUGUGGCUUAUUUGGAUCAACUACCAGCUACUGGUUAUGUGGUAUAUUGUCUACCAAUGAAGAUAGGAGGGGGUAGCGGUGGUCCAACAAGGAUCAUUGCGAUGAAAAAGGAAUCUGGUGGUACAAAUGAUGCAAAUGUUAACUCCUUACAGAGAUUUAUAGUUAUGCUUUUGACAUGUUAUUAUAUUUUCUUUUGAACUGUAUGCUUUCGAACUUCGUGUUUCUAUUGACGUUUCUAGAAAUAAGAUUUAUUAUGCACUAUUAAUUCAAUAAUAAAUACAUCCAUAGAAUUUUGUAACCAUCUAAAUUUUCAUUUGUCAUGGAUAAAGAUUAUUUCAAAUCAUAUUACAAAAGAAAAAAGUCUCAUAAAA